UGUCAAAAUCAGUAAAAUAACAAAAAAGGUAAAGCAACAAAAUUUCUAAUUUUUUCUAAAUAACUCUAAAUUGUGCAGUGAUUCGUUAAUUUUUUGGUUGUAAACAGGUAUAAAUCACUUCUUAAGUUAAUUAGCGUUAAAGUAAUAUAAAUUAUUCAAUAUUGCAUCAUCUAACCUCAAACGUUCUGGAACUUUCCAAGGGGUUUUGUUUACUUAUUUUCUAAAUUAAGACUACGCAUUUAUCAACAAACAUUUUUAUAGUCGAGUGCAACACUUUCGGCUUUCACCUAAAGCUCGUGGUCCAUUUUUAGCGAAAUGGCGUCAUUGUUAGCAGCUAGGUUAGUUUGUCGAGCACCGGUGAUUCAAUAUACUGUGCUGAGACAACUUCCGAAACAGUCUUUUGUGCGUUCUUACGCUAAUGAAAGCCGCGAUGCUCUCAGUCGGGCUGCCAGAAGACAAACUUUACGUGAACGGGCUAUGGCCCCCACAUCCGGAACUCCUUUUACCAUUGGUCAGGGAGCAGUAGCUGGUGGAGCUCUUUUGGGACUUGGGGCUCUUUGUUAUUAUGGUCUAGGAUUGUCUAAAGAAGUAGGGGCGUUUGAAAGAUCAGUAUUGUGGCCCCAGUAUGUCCGAGAUCGCAUUAAAUCGACUUAUAUGUACUUUGGGAGCUCAAUCGCAAUAACUGCAGCUAGCGCCAUGGCUGCGUUCCGAAGUCCGGUCAUCAUGAACUUAGUAACAAAAAAUGGUUUUAUGGGCAUUGCUAUUACUCUAGGGGCUAUCAUGGGCACUGGAAUAUUAUGCCAAAGCAUUGAAUAUAAGGAAGGUGUCGGAGCGAAACAACUCGCGUGGCUGCUUCACGCCGGCACUAUGGGGGCUGUAUUAGCCCCCAUGUGUUUCUUGGGUGGUCCAUUGCUAAUCAGGGCUGCUUGGUACACUGCUGGAAUUGUAGGAGGUUUGAGUACGGUUGCCGUAUGUGCCCCUAGUGAGAAAUUCAUGAAUAUGGGGGCYCCACUGGCGAUGGGUCUCGGUGUUGUGUUUGCUGCUUCCAUUGGAAGCGCUUUCUUACCACCAWCAACGGCAUUGGGAGCUGGGUUGUAUUCAAUUUCAAUCUAUGGGGGGUUGCUUCUUUUCUCUGCUUUCUUGUUGUAUGAUACUCAAAGGAUUGUUAAGCAAGCGGAGACUUACCCAGCGUCGCCCCAAUUGUAUGGAGUGAGACCCUAUGAUCCUAUUAAUGCGUCAAUUUCGAUUUAUCUGGAUACUUUGAAUAUUUUCAUCAGAAUUGCGACAAUCUUGGCCAGCGGUGGUGGCGGUCAAAGAAGGAAGUAAAACCCGCUUGUGACAAAAAUUAUACUUAUUUUUUUAAUAAUUAUCAAAUAUAUUGAGUUUUGAUUAAGUUUAAGUUUGUAAAUAUAGUGGAUGGAAGAGGUGUGUUUGUAAAAAACGAAUGCGUGAUGUUUUACAAGUAGUUUAUUUAAGCUUUUUGUAUUCACAAUGAUUUGAGUUUUAGUAUUACAAUAAAUAACAUCCGAUAAUAA